UCUCGUGUCCCACUUCUGGUUUCCAGUUUUAUUUGUAUAUUAGCCUAUCUAUUUAUUGGUCCUGUCCCGUUUAUUCCGGUGAACACCUCCCUCUGGUUGGUGAUUUUGUGUCAAAUAUUUAUUGGAUUAGGUUCUGCUGGCAAGCUCGUUGUGGGAUACAACCAUUCAUUGGCAAGCGCAAUAUCAAGGGGAUUUCCUAAUGACGCCACAACUAUGACUGUAAUCACAGGAGUUUUUAGUGCUGUAUUGGCGAUUGGCGGUUUUAUUGGACCUUCACUAGGGGGAGCUCUAUUAGAUUACGUUGGCUACAGGAAAGGAACUACCGUAUUACUGGGACUAGAAAUAGCAAUUUCAUUCCUGAGCAUUGUUCAUUUUCUCUGGAACAUUCUGUGCAGGAGAAGAGAUAGAUCGGACGACUUGGUUUUUAUCGUGGCAGCUGACUGAAGGGAAAAAAUGAAAAAUCAUCUGAUGCAAAUGUCUUGUAGUGGAUUAAUCUGUUAUCACUUUAUAUACGUAUCAGAGUAGAUGUAUAGUGGAUUAAUCUGUUAUCACUUUAUAUACGUAUCAGAGUAGAUGUAUAGUGGAUUAAUCUGUUAUCACUUUAUAUACGUAUCAGAGUAGAUGUAUAGUGGAUUAAUCUGUUAUCACUUAAUAUACGUAUCAGAGUAGAUGUAUAGUGGAUUAAUCUGUUAUCACUUAAUAUACGUAUCAGAGUAGAUGUAUAGUGGAUUAAUCUGUUAUCACU